AUGCUUUAUGGGAGCGAUUGUCACAAUUUCUUUCUAACUUUCCCCACCAUGCCUACCGCAUUCCUUGGUUGUCGCGCCGCCGUUCAAGCGUUCGAAGUCGGCAUUGACCUCUUCUCGCGUUCCCGCCUCAACGCUAUGUCUGAGGCCGAGAUUAUGGCUAUGCUAUACCGCCUGCAUAGUUAUAUGUUAGCAUUGUUUUUAGACAUCCUCGCUCGUCCUGGUGGUCCUACGCCACACGAGUCUCGUUUACUGGCGUCCGUUUACAAUGCCGCCCAACGCGUUGAAGAACGCAACCAAAGUACUGCCUGGGAGGAAUGGCUGCAAGAACCAUUGGAUGGUCAUGCGCUUUAUAGCCCUGGCGAAUGCCUAGACUCCAGCUUUACCACGGGGUACAUAGGAGAGGAGGACGCGCCGAGCGACCGCGGGUCUUCGUCACCUCCGGGGAUCAUUACUCCCCGAGGUCGAGCUCGUGUCGUUCAGUCCCCUUCUCCUACGGGAUCCGAUCUGUUGUUUCUACCGAGCCCUGGCCCAGAGUCCCUGCCAGUUUCCUCGCCUGACUCGACGCCGCCUGUCCCUGUUCGAAGGUCGAAGUGUACUCGUGCCAUGGUCAUGGACGAAGAUUCGGAUGUGGUCGAGAUCAUCGAUCCUCCGUCUUCAACGCCCUUGAAGCUGGCUAUUGGCCCUCCAGGUAAACGACGCAAGAUUAUUGAGAAACCCUCGUCUGAUGACGAGGCCAUCCAACAUCCCAACCGUUCACGUUCAAGCUCGUCGGACUCUGUACCUCUCGCUAGGCCUUUGCGUGCAGACAAGGGCAAGGCUCGCGCCAAGACGCCUCCGCCUGUUGCAGGUUCAUCUCGAGUUGACAAGGGAAAGGCUCGCGCCAAGACGCCUCCGCCUGUUGCAGGUUCAUCUCGAGUUGACAAGGGAAAGGCUCGGGCGAGGACUCCUCCUACUACUCGUAGUUCCGCCAAGCGUACUGCCUUUAAGCCACCGGUGGUCAAGCAGAAGGAAACUUCUGUUCAACCCAAGCGUCGCGGUCGCCCUCGUAAGAAGUCUCCCGUUAUUUUCCAAGAGCCCAUCGUGUUCGACAAGAAGCGAUUUAAACGUGCCACCGCUAGAUUUGGGCUUAAAGAGCUCCCCGCGGUUCUUAAGGGUACACAAAUCCAUAUUGCCGAACCUUGCCUUCAGUGCUCCGCGCGCCAGGAUUCCGUUGUCAAGAACUGCACCUUUCGUGGGUGGGGAACUCCCUGCGGUCCUGGCGGCGCGGCGCAUGUUUCUUCGUGCGAGUACUAUCUGAAUGAUGAACGCCGAGGGGCCGUCAGGGAUGUCAUCCGUAACCGGUUGGCUAUUCAUGCGCCUUCAGCUAUAUCUGCGCUGAUGGAGUCCAUUGAAGAAGACACGCUUCAUAUGCGCACCCUAUCCGCAGUCCUUGAGGCCAUUCGCCAUCGUCGCGACGCCAAUCUUCGAGAGUUCGCAAACGCCAUCGCGGACCUGUGUCUCACCGCCGAGCCUGGAACUCUUCUAGGCACUGUUUUCGAGACUCGCGAGGAGUUCGGCUCGUGGUACAGCUUCGUUCAAGACUUUGUAGAUACUCAGGGGGUCCCAGUGCCUGCGGGUUCAACGACGGCCGAUUUGGAGAGACUCGUCUCACUUUUUCAGCGAGACGAUUCUCCUCCCAUUGCUGGGCCUUCAUCUCUGACACCUCGUCAACGCCGCGUCCGCUCGCUGUCCCUUAUUCCUUCUAUCGCCGUUGCUUCGCCUGGUCUUCCACCUUCCGCCCAUUCUCAGGAGGAGGAGGAGGAGGUUAUCGACGAGCUUGUUGACGAGGAGUAG